CAGCUCAGUAGGGGUGUUUGGGAAAACAGCUUGCUGUGAGAGACGUCUCAGGGAGUUCUACCGUCUAGAUCCAGGUCACUUAAACGACUGGCAUAGCACUGCAUCACUUGACACAGCCCACUCACAAACGGGUACGCAGGCUCUCUGCCUGUGCCCCGUCCCCUUCACUCUGCACACUCAUUUCCCAGAGAGCCCGGAGAGGUGAGAAUGGGAAAAUCCGAAAGCCAAAUGGAUAUCAUGGAAAAAUCAACCAAACCAGUGAAGCGCCGUUGGACUGUUGUGGAGAUCGGGCUAUCUGUGCUGUUGUUGCUGGUCAGCUGUGCCCUAGCUGGACUGAUAGUCCUCUACACUUCGGCUUUGAGAGAGCAAUCUAAUAGAUCUGGUGUGUCAAGGAGCUCAGUCACCGAGGGACAGCAGUAUCGUUCUGCCCCCAGCAAUGUUUGCACAACUCCUGAGUGUGUUACUGCAGCUGCUCGUCUUCUGCAGAACAUGGAUGCAACGGUAGAGGCUUGUCAGAACUUCUACCAGUAUGCCUGUGGGGGCUGGCUGGAGCGCCAUGUCAUCCCAGAGACCAGCUCCCGCCACAGCGUCUUCGACAUCCUCAGAGACAAGCUGGAGAUCGUGCUUAAAGGAGUUUUUGAGACUGAGAGUGAUCAGGACCGUGAUGCCUUCAAGAAGGCAAAAACUCUCUACAGCUCCUGCAUGAAUGAGACUCUGAUAGAGCAGCUCGACUCCAAGCCUCUCAUGCGUCUCAUCGACAGCAUAGGAGAUUGGCCUGUUGCCUCAGAGGACUGGAACAGCGCUACAGAACAGGCUUGGAGCCUGGAAGAUACUCUAGCCACCCUCAACUCUCAUUACCACAAAAAGGUUAUUCUGGACAUGUAUGUGUGGACGGAUGACCGCGACUCCCGGCGUCACAUUAUCUACAUUGACCAGCCAGGACUGGGAAUGCCAUCCAGAGAUUAUUACUUCAACGAUGGAAACUACAAAAGGGUGCGAGAGGCCUACUUGCAGUUCAUGGUUUCCAUGGCGAGGAUUGCCCGCGAGGACAGGAACUUGACCCAGGAUGAUGACCGUGUGGUGGAGGAAAUGGUGCAGGUGCUGGAUCUAGAGACAGAUAUAGCCAAUGCCACAUCCCCUGCAGAGGAACGUCAGGAUGUCACGAUUCUCUACAAUAAGAUGACCCUUAGUAAACUGCAGGAGUCCUUCAAUCUCAACGGUUUUAACUGGACAAGGUUUGUGCGUGGAGUGUUGUCCAGCGUGGCUGUGGACCUACAGCGAGAAGAGGAGGUAGUGGUCUACAGCUCUCCUUACCUGGAGAAGAUGAACGACGUGCUUUCCAAACACACUGUCAGAACUUUGCAGAACUACCUUACCUGGCAGCUCGUCAUGGAGAGAGUCAGCAGCCUGAGUCGCCGCUUCAAAGAUGCCAGGGCACACUACAGAAAGGCACUGUACGGGACCACCGUGGAAGAGGCACGGUGGAGAGACUGUGUGCGUUACGUCCAGGGCAGCAUGGAGAACGCAGUGGGGGCUCUGUAUGUGCGAGAGACCUUUGCUGGUGAGAGUAAACGCAUGGUCAGUGACCUCAUCAGUAAGAUCCAGGAAGCGUACGUGGAGACACUUGAGGAGCUGAACUGGAUGGAUGACCAGUCUAAGGAGAAGGCAAGAGAGAAGGCCAUGGCCAUUAAGGAGCAUAUUGGCUAUCCUGACCACAUUCUGGAAGAGAGCAAUCUGAAGCUUGACCAGGAGUAUGCCCAUCUGAACUUUAGUGAGGAGAACUACUUUGAGAACGUCCUUGAGAACCUGCAGGCUGAAGCACACAAGACUUUGAAGAAGCUGAGAGAGCCAGUCGACCCGGACAUGUGGAUCAUUGGCGCUGCUGUUGUCAAUGCUUUCUACUCGCCAAACAGAAACCAGAUAGUAUUCCCUGCCGGUAUCCUGCAACCUCCUUUCUUCAGUAAGCAGCAGCUCCAGGCCCUGAACUUUGGUGGAAUAGGGAUGGUUAUUGGACAUGAGAUCACCCACGGGUUUGAUGACAAUGGCCGUAAUUUUGACAAGGAUGGUAACAUGCUUAACUGGUGGAGUAAUUAUUCUGCUGAGCACUUUAAGGACCAGUCACAGUGCAUGGUGCAACAGUAUGGCAACUUCAACUGGAAGCUUGCAGGAGGACAAAAUGUCAGUGGAAUUAGUACUUUGGGGGAAAACAUUGCAGACAACGGAGGAGUUCGGCAAGCUUACAAGGCCUAUAUGAAGUGGGUGGAGAGAGAAGGAGAAGAGCUUCGUUUACCUGGUCUGGACAUGGACCACAAGCAACUUUUUUUCCUUAACUUUGCCCAAGUAUGGUGUGGUGCCUAUCGGCCUGAAUAUGCCAGCCAGUGCAUCAAGACUGACUCCCACAGUCCCCUGGAAUACAGGGUACUCGGCUCCCUACAGAAUUUUGGAGCAUUCUCAGAUGCAUUCCAGUGCAAACCGGGUACUCCCAUGAAUCCUGAGAUGAAAUGUCGUGUGUGGUAGCCAGUUUGGGCUUUUCUCUACUCUUGUUAUUUAUUUCUUGACUUGGGGCAGCUAAACAAAAGAACAUGCUUAACAACCACCUUGUGUUAUACUGAAGCCAAAGAGGCAUCCUGCUUUGGAGAACGUCCGAUUGAUUUACAUGGCAGAAGAUAAGACAUUUACAUAAGUGUUACAGAUUGGAUGACUGACCAAACUACACCCUAGUAUCACCACUUGAAGCAGACUUAAACUAUGAUGAGACAGGAAAAACACUUGGAAUGCGUAUGUACUUAUAUGGCUACUCAACCUAAAGAUGUUGUCUGUGGGUGAACAGUUUUGCUUGUUCUUGUUUACAAGUGGUUUUGUUGUAUACAUGCAUACAUCUGAAGCUCCUAUGGACCAAUGUGGGUGGUCAGUGGAUACAUGCAUAGUCGGGCAAAUGUAGGACAUUCCUAAGACCUUGAAGAAUAUGUUUGAGCCAAGCUGGCUUAAUAUGCUUUAACUGACUUUUUAAAGAAUUUCCUAAACUCUUUGUUCUUUUUGCCAAGUCAUUCAGAUGGCAAAUCCACAGCGCUUUUAAGCCCGCAUAUUUAGUGGCUUUCAUUUAUGUGCAAAAAGUAUCUUUUGGUACUGAGUUGCCUGGUAUGAUCCUGUCUGAUAUGGAACAUUUGUUUUUUAAGACAUUUUGCCACAGGGCAAGAGGCAAAAGUGAAUAAUAAGUCUGACUAUGAAAUGAAUAAAGGCUCUGUGAAAAUGAAGAGCAGCGGUGACCUAGAGAUGGACAUAAUUAGUCUCACUCCUAGGCUAAGGCUUGGCUACGUCACUCUUUGAAAUGAAACCAUUUACCUGAAGACAUCAGACUGUUAAACCUUUGCAGCUUUAACCUUAUGAACAUUUUGAAAAUCAAAAAAAAGGAUGGCUUAAAAUCUUUUUGAUAUAGCAUAUAUAAAUGUGAGAUCUACGAAGAUAAAUGCUUGGAAAUAAGUUUAAAUACUUGCUAGGCUAGCACGGUUUUGUUUCAGAUUAAUUUAUAGUGAUAAAUGGAGUGAUCAGUGUCUUAUUUAUAUUAGAUACUCUAUACUCGUUCACAACUGAAAGUGAUUUGACUUACUUGACUGACUUACUGUUGUGUUAAAGGAUGUUUCAGAGACAAAUAUUUCAUCAACAGUGUUUCUGAUCUCGGGCUUUG